AUGACUUCCCCCUUUAGGAAAUUUUCGUUUGUUAUCUUCUUGAUAAUCGCGCUUUUGGUCGUUGACAGUUUGGGAGAGUUUAGAGUGAGAAAAAAGGAUGCACUUAAAAGACGUGGCGGCUAUGAAACUAGCGUCUCUCCCAUCAUUAUUACUCCUUGCUGCAAGAAUACCACAGUUACAAACACAGUUACAAAAACUGUCAGUGUUACUCCUUGUUGCAAGAAUACCACAGUUACAAAAACUGUCACUGUUACUCCUUGUUGCAAGAAUACCACAGUAAAAAGUGCUGUACACCACCGCCAAGUUCUAAACCUUGCUGCGGUUCAAGUUCAACUCACAUUAAUUUCCAUAGUCUUUACUGCCUCUACACUCAACGAUCAUUCAUACGCUGAAUUCACUGAAUUGUGGCUGAAAAAUAGCGCCAUUUAUGUCAUUAAAUUCGCCAAUGAUUCAGUAUGCGUUGUGCUGAAAGCAAACAAACAAUUCGGUGUGCAUGCGAAAUUUCAAUUUCCAAUAAUUCCCAGCGUUUUAAAAUCUACAUGGGGCGAGAUUCAUCUUGCUCAUGCCGAAAUGUCGAAGUUGUAA